AUGAGUAGAUGGCGCAUAUUCACUCUGAACGCACCCCGCAUUUCUUUCUACGCGCAGGUCUGCGCCUACCUCGUUGUAGCCAGGCCGAAGCGGCGUAGCACCUGCUGUAACGGCCGGCGCAGGCACGGGACGCACGCGGUGAAGGCGAUCUGCUCCUCGACCAGCGACUACGUGCCUAUGGAGAUGCCCUCGGAGAUGCCCUCGAGGUUGGAGUCGUCGGUUUUGCCAAAGUCUGCCGCGAUAACGGCCUUCACGACGUACGCGGCCGCGGCAAAGAUGCCGAGCGCUAUCAACACACCGAUAACGACGCGCCCACGCAACGAGAUCUGCACGCGCCGCAGGAACAUCAUCGGCGCCAGGGCGAAGAUGACGUCUGGAGGUGCCGACAUGGGCCCCGGUCCCGGCGGCCGAGGUCCUCGCCGCGGCCGUCGACCUCAGCAUUACGGCGCUACCCACCAUUACCAUCAUCAUCAGCAGCAGCAGCAGCAGCAGGAGCAGCAGCAACAGCCGCCGCAGCACGUCAACUAG